UGGACGAGGUGCGCCGGCUGGCGGCGCGCCUCUGCCGCGGCUUCCAGCAGCGCGGCGAGCGCGACGACGUGCUGCGCAAGGUGGAGCGCGUGGAGGCCGACUACCAGGACCUGCGCCGGCUGGUGACCGAGCGCCGCGACCGCGCCGAGUACCUGCUGGACGAGGCGGCCUUCUACCAGGAGCUGGGCGAGCUGAGCCGACUGGUGGACCAGUACCUGAGCUGGCUGGACGGCCGGCGCCUGCGGCCCGGUAACAGGAUGACCGUGCUGCGGGAGUGCAAGGAGCGCCUGGAGCAGAUGCAGCGCGAUGAGGAGCGCGUCACCGCCAUGGCCAACAAGGCCAAGGACCUCAUCAGCCUGGGCCAGGGCGACGAGGAGCAGGUGGAGGCGGACGUAGACGUCUUCCUGCAGAAGUGGGAGACGGUGAUGAACAAGAUCACCGAGCUGGAGACGGAGGUGAGCAACCGACAGCCGGAGCGGCCGGCCCGCUUCCUGGAGGCGGUCGAGGCGCUGCGCACUUGGGUGGCCGAGCUGCACGGCGCGCUGCUCGGCGAGCCGUUCGUGGUGCGCACCGCCGCCGAUAUGGAGGCCCAGCUCGACAAGUACAAGGAGCUACAGACCGAGAUGGAGUCGCAGCAGGCCAGCCGCGACUUCGUCAACUCCAGCGGCCAGGAGCUGGUGGCCGCCGGCGACGCGCAGCUGAUGGACCAGCUGGACGAGCUGAACCAGCGCUGGGGCGCCGCCGCCGCGCUGCUCGCCGACCGCAUGGCCAAACUGGAGCAGGCCAUCUUCGACUCGUACCAGUACCAGACAGAGGGCGAGGGCGUGGAGACGUGGUUGCGCGAGGUGGAGGAGCUGCUGGCCGAGCCGGUGGCCGAGGGCGACGCGCCGGCGCUGACCGCCCAGCUGGAGCAGAGUGACGUGAGUGUCGAGCAGGCCGGCGCGGGGUAG